ACUCCCGCUCCAUUGUCUGGGCAGCGGCGCUCGGGUGCGCGUGCGGGGGGACCCCCCGAGAUCGGGGCGCGGGGUGGGUGCGUACGGGCCGGCUCUUGCCUCGCCGUGCCGCCUGCUCCGCGAGGAUGGCGACGGAUGUUGCCCGGGGGCCCGGCGGCCACGCGAUCUGCCUGCUGCUGCUGCUGGUGGCCCUGACCCUGGACGUCCUGCGAGUGGGUUGUGCGCCAGACCCUCUGCACCCCGUUUAUCUGCCGGCAUCUCUGGAGCUCCUGGACGCCCCUGAGCACUUCCGUGUCCAGCAGGUGGGCCAGUACCCACCGGCCAACUCAUCUCUGGCUUCCCGAUCCGAGACCUUCCUGCUCCUCCAGCCCUGGCCCCGGGCUCAGCCCCUGCUCCGAGCCUCCUACCCACCCUUUGCCACACAGCAGGUGGUCCCUCCUCGGGCCACUGAGCCCCACCAGCGGCCAGUCCCAUGGGAUGUGCGGGCCGUGUCGGUGGAAGUAGCAGUGACCCCUGCCGAGCCCCAUGCCCGUGUCCUCUUCCACCUCAAAGGGCAGGAUUGGCCUCCAGGACCUGGCAGCUUGCCCUGCGCCCGGCUCCACGCCACACACCCGGCAGGCACUGUGCACCGAGCUUGCCGUUUCCAGUUGUCCCUGGGGGCCUGCGUGGUGGAGCUGGAGCUCCCGGCCCACUGGUUCCCUUUGGCUGCCCCUGCCACCCGUGCUCAGCUGGCCUACACACUAGAGCCAGCCACUGAGGGCCCCGGUGGCUGCAGCCUUGGUGCUGAGGUGGACCCCGGGGAACAGGCUCUCCCCGUGGGUACAGUGGAGCUGCGCCCAGCAGCGCCCCCGCUGCACCAGGAGGUUCCCCUGGAUGACGUGGUGACCCUGCGGGUGCCCGAUGCGCCCGUGCGGCCUGGCCAGCCCUUCAGUGCCAUCGUACUGCUCCGGCACAACUUCACUGCCAGCCUGCUGAGCCUGCGGAUCAAGGUGAAGAAGGGGCUGCAUGUGACAGCCGCCCGCCCGGCCCAGCCUGACCUCUGGACCGCCAAGCUGGAACGUUUCAAGGGCUCCAAGCACCACACCACACUCAUCACCUGCCAGAAGGCUGAACCUACUGGGCCGCAGUCCAGCACCGGAGAUCUGUUCGAGUUCCUGUGGGUGGACUUUUCGGUGGAAAACGGCACUGCGGGAGGUGCGGUGGUCACACGGCCCGUCACCUGGCAGCUGGAGUACCCUGGGCAGGCCCCCGAAGCAGAGAAGGACAAAAUGGUGUGGGAGGUCCUGGUGUCGGAGCGGGACAUUAGAGCCCUCAUCCCGCUGGCCAAGGCGGAAGAGCUGGUAAAUACAGCACCCCUUACUGGACUGCCACGACGAGUCCCCGUACGCCUUGUCACUGUGGAAGGUGGGGGAGCCCUGGCAGAAGUGACCGAGCACAUUGGCUGCGAGUCCACCAACACCCAAGUCCUACAGGUUUCCGAGGCCUGUGACGCUGUGUUUGUGGCUGGCAAGGAGAGUCGGGGCGCGCGUGGGGUUCGAGUGGACUUCUGGUGGCGCCGGCUGCGGGCCUCACUGCGGCUGACAGUGUGGGCCCCAGUGCUGCCACUGCGCAUCGAGUUGACAGAUACCUCCCUGGAGCAGGUCCGCAGCUGGAGGGUGCCCAGCUCCACAGAAGGCUCUUCGGAUGCUGCGGCCUCCCCUGCAGAAGAUGCUGCAAGGGGCCGCAGCUGUCGCCUGCAGUACCAGCGGGCGGGCGUGCGCUUCCUUGCCCCCUUCGCUGCCCACCCGCCGGACGGCAGCCGCCGCCUCACCCACCUGCUCGGCCCGGACUGGCUGCUGGACGUGACCCACUUGGUGGCACCCCAUGCCCGUGUGCAGGACCCACGCGUCGCCUCGCUGGAGGGUGGCCGCAUCCUGGUGGGCCGGGAGCCCGGUGUCACCUCGAUCGAGGUGCGAUCCCCGAUCUCUGACUCCAUCUUGGGCGAGCAGGCCCUGGCUGUGAAGGAUGACAAGGUGUCGGUACUGGAGCUCCGGGUGCAACCCGUGACGGGCAUCUCUCUGGCCCUGAGUCGAGGCACCGCUCAUCCAGGAGAGGUCACGGCCACAUGCUGGGCACAGCCUGCCCUUCCUGCCCCAAAGCAGGAGGUGGCCCUCUCCCUGUGGCUGUCCUUUUCCGACCACACCGUGGCGCCUGUCGAACUCUAUGACCGCCAUGACCUGGGACUGUCCGUCUCGGCCGAAGAGCCCGGCUCCAUCCUGCCUACCGAGGAGCGGGGCCCCCAGUUCGGGGUGGUGGUGAGUGGGGCGGGCCCCGAGGGGCUUCCCCUACACGUAGCACUGCACCCCUCAGAGUCCUGCCGCCGGGGUCGUCAUCGCAUCACCCUGGCUUCUGGCUCGGCCUGGCUGGGGCUCCCCCGGGUCCCAACCCCAGUCCCUGCCCUUCCCCUAAUUCCAACAGAGGGUUCACAGGCCAUGGAAGCCAGCCUGGGUGGGGGCCAGCAGGCACCAGGCGGUGAGGGGGACACUGGGGGUAUGAGGGGAAAGUUUGAGCGGUCAGAGGAGGCUAGGAAGGUACAGGAGGAGGAGGAGGAGGAAGAUGAAGAGGAAGAGAUGGUGCCUGCCCCUCAGCGGGUCACCGAUCUUGAGCUGGGCAUGUAUGCCUUAUUGGGCAUCUUUUGCCUGGCCAUCCUCAUCUUCCUGGUCAACGGAAUAGUCUUCGUGCUGCGCUACCAGCGCAAGGAGCCCCCCGACAGUGCUGCCAACCCUGCCUCCCCUCAACCCCACAACUGGGUCUGGCUGGGCACGGACCAGGAGGAGCUCAGCCGCCAGUUGGACCGGCAGUCCCCUGGGCCACCCAAGGGGCAGGGCAGCUGCCCCUGCGAGAGUGGGGGAGGAGGGGACUCGGUGGCCCCGGCCCCAAUGGCUCCAACCCCAACCCCGGCUCCCAGCGGAGUCACCACCACCGCCUCCAGCACCCUGGCCCGCAAGGAAGCCGGAGCACGGCGCAAGCGGGUGGAAUUUGUGACAUUUGCACCAGUGUCCCCAGCCGAGCCCCCCGAGGAACCCUUGGGUGCCCCCGCGGUGCAGUCCAUCCUGGUGGCGGGCGAGGAGGACAUCCGCUGGGUGUGUGAGGACAUGGGGCUCAAGGACCCCGAGGAGCUGCGUAGCUACAUGGAGCGGAUCCGGGGCAGCUCCUGACCCCCGAAACCCCAUCCUCCCUCACCCUGCCCCAUUCUGGCAGCUCUUUCCAUUUCUCCACGGGCACUUGUUGAACCAAGUCCCUGUCCGGGUCCCUCUGCCCCUGCCCCUUGUCAUGGACCAGGUUGUGAGGAAGGGCUCCAGCCCCUUAUUUAUGGGAACCAUUGCAUCCUGAUGUUGGGUACAGAAUAAAGCAAGAAGGAAUCCUGGA